CACUGUCUAUUUAUGACUACGAUUUGUGUAGAGUACGAGUGUGGAAUGACUAUGUCAUCACUGUUGUUUGCAUCGUCAAUGUGCUUUUUAGUUUCGAGCUCCAGUGGUUGCAUGCGUGGUAGACGCUCGACCCAGGCGUUCUUGCUCCUAACUGGCUUGCAUCGAAUAAAGAAUGCUUCAUUGGAGAUGCACACACGAGUGUUUUCAUAGCACAAUGUAUUAGCGAACAAUAUUGGUUGAAAUGAUGUAACACGGAGAUUCAUAGGGGUGGAAGUUUGUAGUUGGAGCAACGAAGAGUGUCGCAGGGAAAUGGCAGAGGCGUACUAUCGCGCUGUCCUUCGGGAAGCUGUGGGCAGAGUUUGCCAAGUGAUCGGCUGGCAAGUCGUUCACGGCAGCGCGCUAGAUGUAAUGGUCGACUUGCUACAGCGCUACAUGCACAGAAUGGGUACUUUGUCGAAGCAGUACAGCGAAUUGGACGGCCGGCCGGAAUCUGAUUUUUCCGACCUGUCUAUGAUGAUGGAAAGUUUGGGAAUUUCGCUCAGCGAUCUCAAGGUGUUUGUGCAAGAAGUUGAUAGCCUGGCGCCAGACCAUGUCAUCUUCGAUGCAGUGCAGUCGACUACUUUGAAACACUUCCGAAUACCAGCUGCACGCGGUCUUCACGAGCUGGACAACAACAGCCCGGUAGUGAACAAUCACGAUGAGCCAAUGGACGAUGGAGAGUCUAUUGAGAGCGAUGAAUCUGAUGAGAUGUUACAGUGCUUACCGCCAAGGAUAUCCAGAACGAACACGGACACCAUUGUAGAUGAUGGCUUUGCGACGAUGAUGCCAAUGGCCGAAGAGACACCCGGUGCAAUACUGGGUGACGGUACUGCUCAAGCUGCUGGCCCUAGCGCCGCAAUACUUGGUGACGGCUCUGCUCAAGCUGCUGGCCCUAGCGCCGCACUCAACGCUGAUAAGUUGUCGGUGCAGCCACCGGGGUCGCCUGUCCCCAACAGGACCGCGGCCACGUCAGCACUACCACUCUUUGCUGGAAGACCUGCUGCGGAUGAUGGACUGACCAUGCCAGCCGCCGUUGCAAGUCUGUAUCUGUCAGAGAACUACCGUGGACUGCAUGGAGGCAUAUCUAGUGACGAUUCCGACGCUGACACUAAGUCUAAAUCACAAGCUUCUACCGAUUCUGCCACAGCUAAGAAUCCAUCGACCACAUCCAGUAAGGAACCACCUCCAGUUAAGAAAGGUAGGGGCCGCCCACCCGGCAAGACGCAGAAGACUCUACAACGAUUAGCUGAGUUAGAAGCUGCCAAGGAAGCCAGAAAGAAGUCUAAAGAAAUGGCGGCGGCAAGUAAGAAUGGUACUGGCAAGGCCAAACCGGUUAAGAUUAGGCUGCUUAAGACUACUUCUAAAGAACGUCUGGAGAGUGCUGCAGAGCCAGGUCAGUUUGCAGAUGCUUCAGAUGGCUCCACAGGUUUGCGUUCUCCAUCGCGUCCUUCUGACACGCCAGGAGGCACAUCAGUAGCAUCUGACGGUCCAUCUCAACCGGCAAUCACGCCCAAGCCAAGUUCGCCUCUCGCACUCGCGAAAAUCACCGCCAAACCACCUGUGCCUCCCACUCUUGCAGCAAUCACCAUCAAACCACCAGCAUCUCCCGCACCACCAUCAACACCUCGCCAGAAGAAGAAAUCUCAGCCGCAUGUGACGACCCCGUCUUCCUCCUCUGCUUCCAAGUCGGACAAGAAACCUCUCAAAAAGAAGAAGAAGAAGGAGAAGCCGCCUGCACCAGUACCUGCUAUUUUUGCCCCAAGCACAGCCCAUGAUCCUAUAGUGUCCACAAUGCAACCCACUGCAGCAAAAAGUACAGAAACUGCAGACAACCGCGCUCUUGUCGUCCCUGUAGGUAGCUUACUUUCAGCCAAACAGGAAGUAGCAGAUGAUUCUAUGCUGCCUGGUAUUACCGCUGGUGCUCAAGAAGUGACUCCAUCCACGCCUAACGUGCAGGCCUCUGUUGCAGCUAUUGGCACGGACUCCACGCCUCUGUCGGCAACGAGUCAUGGCUUGAAGAAGAAAAAGAAGAAGAAGAAGCACCACAGGCACUCGCAUGGCGGCUCCAGUCAUGCUGAUGCCAGCAGUGCUGAUGGCAGCUCCCGCAAGAAGCCAAGUUCAUCUUCCAAGCCAUCUUCAGGUAGUAGCCAUGGAACAGGUCCUGCCAGGCCAGAAUUGUCAACCCCAGUGAAGACUGGAGGGAAUUCUGGAAAGGCAGAACCAAGCCGGCCAGCAACACCUAAGAAAACGCCGGUAUCCCAGUCGAGCAGUGCUACGACGCCCAAGAUGCCCUCCGAAGCCGCAUCUACUAGCCACACGCCGGACGUAAAGAAAUCUUUGAAGACACCGUCCAAGAAGAAGCCCCCUCCGAUGGCCACUCCAACGGCCGCCACUCCACUAGCCACUCCAAAGGCCGCCACCCCACUGGCCACUCCAAAGGCCGCCACUCCACUGGCCACUCCAAAGGCCACUCCAAAGGCAGCCACUCCACUGGCCACUCCAAAGGCCGCCACUCCACUGGCCGUGGACAAAGGGACACCUGCCGUUGAUCCGAAGAAGAAAAACAAGAAGAAGAGGAAACACGGCGAUAUCGUUGGUGAAGCAAGUAAGUCCUCUUCCAGUGAACCGCCAACCAAGAAGAAGAAAAAGAAGAAACCGGAUGCUUCAUCGCGGGCACAGCAGCAGCAGCAGCCAUCUAAGGCGUCGGUGGCUUCCAGCGUGGGCCAUGCAGAAGCAGCUGGACCUGCUGCUGCGAUGCCUGCACUGGACCCGGAGGAUGCGCAGCUGCCUCCCAAGCCACAAUCAGCUGGUGUUCCGCCGUCGACGGCUAACUCCCAGGCCAGUGGUGCUGUGCUGGCUCCGUUGCCUGAUCCAAGCGUGCCUACGAAGUCUGAACAAGCAGUUGGCAACAAGGCCGAGAAGUCCAGUGCCAAGGUUAAAACCACUCCGUCCGUUGCUAAGCUGGGUAGGGGCAUAGUCCUGCCGCCACCCGAGGAUGAUAUCCACGUCCCCGUCGUACGCCUCGGUAGCAUGUCUGGUGAGCCCCGGGCGGGUGAUACGAACACCGUAUUGCCGCCUGCACCGGUGGUCCCUGGUGGUGCCAGCACCGCUGACGCUGCUGCUGCUCCUGCCGCAGCCAUUCCAUCAGCGGACCUGCCCCGGGCGGCAAUGCCUGCGGAGAAGAUGUACCUGUGUCCAAUAUGCCACAAGCCUGAUGACGGGGAGGUGAUGAUCACCUGCGACAAAUGCAAUAAUGAUGUCUGGUACCAUAUAAAUUGUGUUGGUCUCAAAGCGCCACCCACAGACAACGAAAAGUGGUUUUGCCCACCAUGCAAGAAGAAAGUCGACAAGAAGGCAAAGAAGAAGAAGAAAGACUCGUCGCACAGCAGUGGAAGUCGCAACCUAGCUCCGAUAAAAGUCACUCUACCCUCAACGGCGGGUAAAACUUCAGGAGGACCCACCACUGGCAGUGAACCUAAAUCUGCUCCAUCAGCCACAACAUCAACACAGCCUGCAACGUUCUGAUCACUCAGUCUCAUCAGUUAUUAGAUAUUACGAUAAUGUGUCAGGGUCACAUGACGGUAAAGCUCAAGCUGUGAGGUGUAAGAUUAUGACUUUGUUAGCUGUUCAAGCAUAAUCCCAGCACAAUACAGUACUGUACUGCUAAACGUACAAGUACAUACAUGUACAUGUAGUGUGUGCAGACGCUUCGAGGAAGAUAAAAGGCUUUCUUCGUAAUAAAUAGUCAAGGAAUGCUGCUUAGAAAGAUGGAACUAGCUUGGCUUCAGAAGUAUGUGUUGACAAGCAGACAGUUCUCUAGUCAUGCACAUAGGUAUGCUGACAGUAGUUGUGUGAAUUCGCUGAUUUCACAGCUGAAGGGCAUUGCCGUGUGCUGGCAAUACCCAUGCUAUAAUUCGUCUUGCUGAAGGGCAUUGCCGUGUGCUGGCAAUACUCGUGCUAUAAGUUGUCUUGAUUCCGUCUUGAUGUUCUCGUCUUGAUGGUAUUUCUCUCGCCAUCCCGGUGCUGCUAUAUGCGUUAUUAGUUGUUUGAUGGCCUUGAAGAGUUCCGAUGAUAUAAUCAUUUGAAAUUGUGCCUACAUGCCCACUUUA